AUGGGGCCCACCAAGACGUUGCACUCUUUUGGACGUGGGGAGGACGAGACACAGCUCGUCAUCGCGGAAAUGCUACUCACCGUCGCGUCGAAAUUACCCCGCCCUACCGCCACACUCACCACGCCGUUGUACUCUUUUGGACCGACGGUACGCGCAUGGGUCUAG